AGAAUGGACACCGACGAAUUCCGUCAUAUUGGCAAAGACAUGAUCGAUUAUAUCUGCAGCUACAGGGAGAAUAUCAACACUCGACGCGUAACUCCAAACAUAGAACCUGGUUAUCUCAGAAAACUUUUGCCACUUGAAGCUCCAGAAAAUCCCGAAGAGUGGAGUAAGAUUAUGGAAGACAUCGAAAUGAAAAUAAUGCCAGGAGUAACGCAUUGGCAACAUCCUAGAUUCCAUGCUUAUUUUCCAAGUGGAAAUUCCUAUCCUUCCAUUCUUGGAGAUUUGCUUUCGGCAGGGACCGGAGCUAUUGGGUUUUCAUGGGCUGCAAGUCCGGCCAUGACUGAAUUGGAGACAAUAGUUUUGGACUGGUUAGGAAAAGCAAUCGGACUUCCUGAUCAAUUUUUAACUUUAAAAGAGGGAAGUAGGGGAGGAGGUGUCAUACAGACUUCUGCAAGUGAAUGCAUCUUGGUAUCAAUGUUGGCUGCCAGAGCCCAAGCUAUAAAAAGAUUAAAGCAACAACAUCCUUUUGUCGAAGAGGGACUAUUAUUGUCUAAACUCAUGGCCUACUGUUCCAGAGAAGCACAUUCCUGCGUCGAGAAGGCUGCCAUGAUAUGCUUUGUGAAAUUGCGAAUCUUAGAGCCUGAUGAAAAAUCAUCUCUGAGAGGAAAAACUCUACUAAUGGCAAUGGAAGAAGACGAAACUAUGGGUCUUAUCCCUUUCUUUGUUUCCACAACUUUAGGAACAACUUCUUGUUGUUCAUUUGAUAAUCUGGAAGAAAUAGGACAAGUUUGCCAGAAAUUUCCUUGCGUCUGGCUACAUGUGGACGCAGCUUAUGCUGGAAACUCUUUUAUUUGCCCAGAAUUGAAAUAUCUACUUAAAGGAAUAGAAUAUGCAGACUCCUUUAACACCAACCCGAACAAGUGGUUAUUGACCAAUUUUGAUUGUUCUACUUACUGGGUUAGAGACCGGAUAAAACUCACUUCAGCAUUGGUAGUAGAUCCUCUUUACCUUCAGCACGGCUACUCAGAUGCUUCGAUCGAUUACCGACAUUGGGGAGUUCCCCUGAGUAGAAGAUUCAGAUCUUUGAAGCUUUGGUUCGUUUUGAGAAGUUAUGGUAUAUCUGGAAUUCAAAAAUAUAUCAGGAAUCAUAUUAAACUCGCACAUAGAUUUGAGGAACACGUUGUUAGAGAUAGAAAGUUUGAAAUUUGUAACGAAGUCAAAUUAGGUCUGGUAUGUUUUCGAUUGAAAGGCAGCGAUAAAUUAAACGAAAAACUAUUGAGUAAUAUAAAUGCUUCAGGAAAAUUGCACAUGGUCCCUUCAAAUGUCAAUGACAAAUAUGUGAUAAGAUUCUGCGUUUGUGCUGCUAAUGCCGAAGAAGAAGAUAUAGAUUAUGCUUGGGAAGUUAUAAAAGAAUUUGCAGAGGAAUUAUUGGACUCCCAAUCUGUGGAAAAAGAAAGGGAGCUACACGAUGAAGUGUUCGAUCUUCUGGAAAGAAAGAAGAAAGAAACUUUGGCUCAAAAACGCAGUUUCUUCGUACGCAUGGUUAGUGAUCCCAAAAUAUACAAUCCUUCUAUCGCCAAAUCCUUGCCUUCCACAAGGAGACAUCUUACUGAACAGGCAGACUCACCUACGUCACCAGAUGGCAAUAUUACUGUCCAACCACCAUCGUCACGUCCAAGAAAAAUACAUUCGUUGCAAAGAAGCUCAUCUUGGAUCAGCUGGCCCCUUGCAUUCUUGUUCCAAGGGAUUACUGAAGAUGGAACGUCUGGCAACUUGCCUAUUAGAUUUAGGCAUUUGGACACCAAAGUUCGUCUAAAAACGACAAGUAAAGGAGGAAAUGUAUCUUCUCCGUCGAUGUCCCCUGAUGGAGAAAAUAGCAGAUCUCCAAAGAGAUCGCCUAAUUCAUCAAGAAGAACUUCUCCUUCAGGCACAUCUUAACUUAACGAACCAUAGAAAAAGUAAUAAUGUAACUUGUCUAAUGAAAUAUGUAAUUAAUGACAAAUAAAUUACAUGCAG